GUCAGAGAACCAAGCAUGACCGGAAGUGACUGGGAACCCGGAAAAACAAUAACAACAUCUUGUCGUCGCAACGUUAAGAGGGAUGGAUGAGCAGCAUAUUCAGGCUCGGCUGAUCUCUCUGCUCCGGGAUGACGGUGUCCGUCUGUGGCUCGAACCCUUCACCACUGACCAGCAUAAGAUACAGGAAUUGGCAGACAGAUACGCUUCAGUCACUGAGUUUGCAGUGGAGGAUGUGAGAUCUGCCCUGGAGAAGAUCAGAUCAGACACUGUGAAGAAAGGUGAAGGAAAUAAAGAGUUUAAAGAGACGUCUGUGGCCACGCUGGAGCUACGCCUGCCUAGAGAAGAUGGAGAGAGAAAGGAGAGGAAAGAACAUCAGAAAACGAGACUGGACAUCGCUACCAGAGACCUGAUGGAUCGGAUAAGAGAGGAAUACGGAAUCAAACACUUUAAGCUGAUUUUGAAUGGAAAAAGACUGUCACCAGAGAAAAGGCUUGAUGAACAGAACGUGAAGAACAACAGCAAGAUCAUGGUGCUGCGCGUGUCGUCUGAAGAAGUGAAGAAUGAACUUCUGGAGGAAGAGGAGAAGAACCGCAGUCAGAAUGAAGGAGUGAAGAGAACGCAGAAGGGUUUCCAGAUCCUCUCAGAGAGAGAUGGCAGUGAAGAUCCGGCCAACACUCCGUUUCUAGAAAUUGCUGAUCAGAAAGGAAAUCCACUCCAGAUUCCUGACAGCGAGAGGAAGGCUCUGAUUUUGGCGAUGGGUUUCCACGAGAAAGGUCGAGCUCUGAUGAAGAGGAGAAAUCACAGCGCAGCUCUCUGUCAUCUGCUAGAAGCGGACGAACAGUUCAACAAGUGUAACUCCACGCUGCUGAACACGGUGGAUAAUUACGCCGUCCUGCAGCUGGACAUCGUGUGGUGUUACCAGGCGCUGGAGCAGCUGUCGUGUCUCGAUGACGCCAAACUGAGAUUGCAGCAAGCCGAGAGCUGCUUCCAGCGGUGCUAUGGAGAACAGCAGAGCAGACUGCAGAAGAUCAAGGGUCACACCGGAGGAGAGGAUGUGUUAUUUUUGAGGCUGCGUCUUCUUCAGUGUUUGCUGUGCUACCUCGAAGGCAACAAGAAAAAAGCAAACGACAAUCUAAAGCAAGUGGAGGAGUUGUACAGUCAGCUGUGUCUGGACCCAGAGAAGAUGAACCAGCUCAUGGCUUUGGGUUUCACAGAACAGGAAGCUCGUCUGGGUUUGAGAGCCUGUCGAGGAAACAUCGAAGAAGCCGUGCUGCACCUAACACUGCGGAAUAAGGAAAAGGAGGAUAUGAAGGAGAAAGAGCACGAGAAGAGAAGAUGCCGACUGCGGGACAUCAGCACGCUGGUGGAGCUGGGCUUCAGUAAGAGAGACGCGGCUAAAGCUCUGCAUUGCGCCAGAGGAGACGUCGAUAAAGCUUACGGGAUUCUGUUAGACAGGUCUGAUGAUCAGAGUUCAGACCGACAGGCUAAACUGGAUCAGUUGGUGUCAUUAGGUUUUCAGGUGGAUAUGGCUGAUUCGGCUCUUAGUUUGGUGGGUGACGAUCUUCCUCAGGCCACACAGAUGCUGCUGGAUCUUCAUGGUGUUGUUUCUCCCGAUCUCCUGUCGCCCUCUCCACCCUCAUCCUCCUCUGAAGAGCCCAGUACAUCCUCUGACGCCACGGGUGAGGGUGUGUGCACGUCACGCUCUAAUGUACACAUGACGACUGGAGCCACGGUCCAAAAUUUACUUCAGUGUUUCCUACAGAAUUCUGUUUUUUCAAGCACGGAAGCCCCCCUUGAGCCAGCGUCAGGUUCCAGUCAUCUGGAUGAGGAGCUGGUGAACGAGGUUCUGGAUGACAUCCCGAGACAUGAAGAAGAUUAUCUGGACCUCACGCUGGACGAAGAGACAGUGCUUAUUGCUCAGAUCAGAUCUUACCUGCAGAAAUGACCCACAUCAUCUAAUUAAGAAGAAACAUCAAAGUUCAAAAUGUAAAUUACAAUAGGAGUUCUACGAAGGUUAUUGAUCUUAUUUUUUUAAUUAAAAAUGUAAAAAGAAGCGGAAGAAACGUUGUUUGAUCUUUAUACAAUAAUAAUAAUAAUAGAACCAAAAUGGCUUUCAGAAAUGUUUUUGCAAGUAAUAUUUUUAAUUUUCAAGCACAAAGAAAUUUUUUAGCUAGUACAUUUAAUUUCGCUACGCUACGAUUCAUUUACCUUAAAAAAUUUCAUGUUUCGUGGCAAUUAUACAGAUUGUUUUGUUUUCACAUUUAAGUACUGUAUGCAAAAAUUACAAUAAUUUUUGUAAUUUUUAUGUUCAGAUUCAUAAUCAGAUUCAAAGGGUUUUUGUGUUCAACAUGCAAUAAAGAUUCACACAUUUGUAAACUUUGACGACAUCUGUGUUCUCAUCUAAUUAAUAUCUCCACAAGCUUGUAUUUACAUGGUUCUCCAAGAUAAUUCAACGUAUACCAUAAUGAUGUGUGUCCAAUAAAUACUGUACUUUUUUGUAAGUGGUUAAACUUUAGUUUAUAAUAAACAAAUUCUGAAAUAUAUAUUAACCAAAAAAAAAAAAAAACGAAUCAAAUUAAAUUGUGUAAUGUUUAACUAAAUAAAAUGAAUAAAACUUAAUUUGAUGGAAUUUUUUUAUUAUUUUAUGAUUUGUACACAUGCAGGUUUCAUGUCCUCAUAUUGACCGCAGGACCAUUCAAAAUGAACUAGUGAAGAUCACUGAAUCACAGCAC